AUGGAACCACUGAGAGCAAAUGGUGUCCAGGAUAUUCUAUCUAACUAUACGAAGUGGUUGAACGAGCAGCACUCGCAAGAACAUCGUUCCUUUUUUGAGGCUGAAGAUCGACCUUCAUCAGAUCCAGAACCUUCUGUCGAGCGAGACCAUCGACGAGUCGAGUCCGAAAUCUACGCUCUUGAAAAGCAGCGUACUUCGAAAUCACUCUUCAACAUUGGAGGCGCAGGCGCGGAAGCCACUUCACACGAAUCGGAGACGUCUGCCCCAGAAAGCGAGGCAUCAUACGAGCAGAAUCCGUAUUUCCCUAACAAAGAGGAUUCGAAGUCGGGAAAUUCGGAGGGCGAAUUCGAAGAAGACCGCGAAGACGAGGAAUACGGUGGGGACGACGACGAAGACGAGGAAUACAGCGGCGACGACGACGACGACGACCACGAGGAAUACAGCGUCGACGACGAAGACGAGGGAUACAACGACGACAACGAAGAAUCAGAAAACGACGAAGAAUCAGAAGUCGACGAAGACCUUGAGCACCUAAGUACAAACAUCAAACCUCAACCUGCUGACAGGCUCUCAGUUUUCAAAAAGCCGAUCGAAACUCCUUUGUUCAAUGCCAUCACCAUUUCUGAUGAUCAAAGUGCAGGCAGCAAAAUAGCAGAACGCAACCUUCUCGCACUUAGAGGCAGCAAGGGUAGUCCUGAACUACCAGAAUUCCACUACAUUCCUGAACCUUAUUUCGCAGACCCCAAUAACAGGCUGAGGGACUACCAGACACAAUUGACGUUACUCGAGCAACAAAAUAAGAAAAGAUUAUUAAUGCCGCCAUUGGAUAAAGAUACACAUACCUCUAUGGAUGCUGGGAUAGGGCUCUCGUCGUCAGUACAUCCACUCGCCUCGGCCACGGCCUUCCAAAAUGGCAAAACGCUGCAAAGUGGAGUGGAUAUAAGACAUCUUCUCCAGGCAGACGGUUCUUCCCAUCUAGAUCUUGAGAAGCUGCAAGAAUACAUCGAAAUAUUGCAAGUUGAGGUAGCACAGCUAAAAUCAGGUCAGCAAGACACUUCACCGUCCAGGUUCCAGAUCUUAAACCGCAUAACACAGAAACAGGUUUCUGACCGUAAAGGUGGAGCUCAGUUCGAGUGGCAUCUUUCUUCGCCAUACUUCGAUGUCCCAGAAUGGAUCGAAGGGCAAGGUAGCCAACGACACCUUCGAUGCAGCUUACCUCUUGCCAACUUCGAAUUAUACCUGGAGAAAAACAAGGAUAUUGCAUUCGUUGUGUACCGGGAUUUCCACCCAGAACGAGAUAUAGCACCCUCGAACGCUACCCAUCGUCCUGCCAAAGGCACGAGCGGAGGGGCGCCGCAGCCCACUAGCGAGAGCAUCAGACCCAUAGGUCGGGUACUGACUGAAGCAAUCGAAACCUUGUUGAGCUCGCGAAACGACUAUUCUAGCUUAUUGUCAGAGUACAAAUCCUCAAAGGAGUUGCAUGCCCCUUAUCUUCCUGUAUACAACAGCCGCAAGGAUCUGCACGCGAUUCAGGAAGGAUUGUCCGCGGAGGCUCAGAAACAGUUUUCUCUUCUUCUUCAAUACAUCACAGACCGAUAUGGGGACAAAUACGCAGCUGCAGACUCACUUUUCUUGGAGCACAAGGUAUCAUCAGAGAAUGUACCGUAUCUCUUCAAGCCAGGUGAUAUCCUGGUGGAGCGCAGACAGAACCGGUAUGCUGCGUUUGUUGCUAGCAGUUGGCCAUCAAAAGGCCGAGUCAGAUAUGUAUCCCGGCUGAAGGGUGACAUCAGAAGUGGUGAAAAUCUUCCGCUCUAUGGCUCAGAAGAGUCUUCUAAGAGAGUGUCGAAUGAGAAGAUGAGGGUCCAAUGCUGGGCUGUCACCGGCUGGUAUUGGGCAUUCGAUGGACAUUUCCAACGCCAAAAUUGCAGACACGAAUUCGACAUUGAGGUGGGCGAAGAAAUCAAUUAUGACACAACCAUACGCGAUAGUAUUGAUGGUGGACAUGAUACAUCGAUAGGCGCUCGUCAAGCCAAGGAACAAGCCAUCAAGGACCUGAGCAUCUUUCCUCUGGAAUACGCCGAGCCAGAUCUGGUUGACAGACUUCAAAGGAGAGGUAGCACAUUCUGGAAAUGCCGCAAUCGACUCCUAGUCUCAUAUAUGGAGAAUGGGAUGGCUGACAGCCAAAAUAUGGAAAGUUUUCUUCUCCCCGUUCCCGUCCUUAUCUAA